UUUCAACUUCUCUAUUUUUUUUUUCCUUCAACUUCUUUCAUUGCUUUGUCUCUGCUUUCAAUUUCUUCAAGAUUGAUCAUUUAGUAUAGUCCAAUUAAUUUGUUUGAAAACCCCAUUAAAAAAUAGUUAUCCUUCUUUCAUUCCUUCAUUUAUUCUUCUUGUAGCCCAUUCAUCAUAAUCUUUGUCUAGUCCCAUUCAUUUGCUAAAAGAAUUUUUCUUUUUUUUCUUGAGCUUCUUAAAUAUGCAUGUACAUGUUUGAGUUUGAGUUUGUAGUGUAUUCAAGAAUAUAAUGUGAGAUAUCAGAGUCUUUUUCUAGUUGGUUAAUGACAAAGUGAAAGAAACAAUGAAUGGUUUAGUAACAGAUGAAAAUCAGAGAAGAGUUGGGAGGAAACAAAAUGGCAGUUCUUGGAAAUGUGCAUAUGGUUAUUCCCAGCACAGGCGCUGUAAAAGUGCUUCCGACAAAAACGUUGCUCUAUCAAAAGGCGGAGACAGGCAAUCCGUAAAAAAAGAGUUGAAUGAACCACCUGUAUUGCCACCUUCAACGAGGAGUUGUAAAGCAAGCCCAUUACAUGAAUUCCCCAAAACUAUUAGCAAAGAAGCAAAUCCAGAACCCAGAGCCUCCUUGGAAAAAGAUAUCGAGCAGUUACAAAUGCGUUUGCAGCAAGAAAAAUCGAUGCGCAUGGUUCUUGAGAGGGCAAUGGGACGAGCUUCAAGCACCUUGUCUCCUGGACACAGGCAUUUUUCUGCUCAGACAAAAGAGUUGAUAGCUGAGAUUGAAAUACUUGAAGAAGAGGUUGCGAACCGUGAACAGCAUGUCCUUUCUCUGUACAAGAGUGUUUUUGAAGAAUGCGUUAGCCGACCUUCUUCUGAGCAAAGUUCGGUAAUGAAUUCUCCAGCACAUAAUAAAGUUGAGUCAAGAAAACACCCAAGUAUAAUAUCAAGUGUCUUUUGCUCGUCCAAAAAGUUUCCUUUGCGGACUUUUCAAGCUCUUGCUGCCAUAAAUGACUUGGGAAAAAGAAACUUGUCGCAGUCGAAAUCAAUACAUGGUUCAUUUUAUAAUAGUAAAGCUAAUGCGCAUGUUCAGAAAAGUUGUUCAGAAAAUGCUAAGGAGCAAAGGCAGGUAACGUCAAUGGAAAAAUCUCCUCUGGCACAAACUCUUAAAGAUCAUCUCUACCAGUGCCCCAGUAAGUUGUCUGAGGAAAUGGUAAGGUGCAUGGCUGCAGUAUAUUGUUGGCUCCGUAUUAGAGAACCGACAAGCACAGAACAAAAGCGGUCACCUUUGUCAUCAAGGUCAUCCACUAAUGUCAUAAUUCCACAACAUGAUAUUAAGGAGGAGAGAGAUUGGUUUUGCAAAUCAACAAUUGAAAUAUCUUGGAUAGCAACUGACAAGAAUAACUUCUCUCGUGCAUCUUAUGCCAUCAGCAACUACAGAGUUUUGGUGGAGCAAUUGGAAAAAGUGAAUCUCAGUCAGAUGGAAACCGAUGCCAAAAUGGCAUUUUGGAUCAACUUGUACAAUUCCUUAGUUAUGCAUGCAUAUCUGGUAUAUGGGAUACCACAGAACUCCCUUAGAAGGUUGGCAUUGUUUCACAAGGCUGCUUAUAAUGUUGGUGGCCAGGUCAUAAGUGCAAAUGCCAUUGAACAGUCAAUUUUUGGCUUGCAUACGCCUCGGAUAGGACGGUGGUUGGAGACCAUUCUGUCAACUGCUUUAUGGAAAAGAUCGGGUGAAGAAAGGCAACUCAUCAGUUCAAAAUUUUCCCUUCAACAGUUCCAGCCCCUUGUCUGCUUUGCUCUUUGCACUGGCGCUGUUUCCGAUCCCAUGCUGAAAGUGUACACGGGCUCAAAUAUUCUAGAGGAACUAGAAGCAGCAAAGAAAGAGUUCCUACAGGCUAAUAUCGUUGUAAAGAAGUCGAAAAGAGUAUUCCUGCCUAAGGUUCUUGAAAGAUAUGCGAAAGAAGCUAGUAUUCCAUCGGACGAUCUUCUUAAUUGGGUCAUGGAAAACGUCGAAAAUAAGCUUCGUGAUUCCAUACAGAAAUGUGUCGACAGAAGAACAAAUAAAAAGGCAUCUCAGAUAAUUGGAUGGCUAUCUUACUCUUCAAGAUUCCAAUAUGUAAUUUCAAAAGAUUUUACGGAGAAGCCAUGGUGGGCAUAGUGAUGUUGAAUAAUGUAGAGAAAAUCUUGAAUUGAUCUUUACUAAGAAGGCAGAGUGAGGUGUGAGCUAGAAAGGCCUAACUAAUUUUCAAGGAAAUGGUUUUUCAUUCCUUCAGUUUGUAGGAUUCUGAUUUGAUUUGUUAAAAGUGAAUGUACAUUGACUUCAA